AUGACUUUCAAGCGCGGCUUUCUCAACUCGGAGAAAGGGCGCCAGGCUCUAGCCACCGAGUCGACCUCUUCUUCCAAAUCAGCCGUCUCGUCUACCCCGGACAAUAACUCCCCAUCCAAUCCGGAUCGCCGCUCAAGCGAAAUUGACUCUUCCCCAGCAAAAGAACUCGAGAGUUUUGAGGUUCCGCUUGAUCUGCACGCUCCUCCACCAUGGCUGGAUCGCCUACCCGGAAACGAUCGCUACAUCUUCAGACAAUGGCCACGCGCACCUGAUGGGAAGGUCAUUCCCAAGGAACAUCCCGAGUUCGGUAAAAGGACGUCCAAUGGCUGGUACAUAUGGGGAGAGACACUUUACGACUUCUUCCAGACGCCUCGCAUGCCGACAGUCCCAAAUUUCUUGACUUACAGUUCUGGAAGUAGACUUGCGGCAUGGAUGCGCAGCUUCGGGGAGCUUGAUGCCGCGAUCGACGAGCUAGCUUGGGCCGACGCCGAGGGCGAUCCGACUGAAGUACACCCUUGCAGCGUUGGACAGCUUAUCUGUGACUAUGAACGAAACACUGCUGGCCUUGAUCCGAAACAUGAAUCAUCACAGAUCUUUCUCUCCAGAGUGCCCAAGCUACAGGCUCGCCUUCCCUUCUAUCUGUUGCCCGAGAGAUUGAUCGUUCAUGACCCUUGGAAUACACUCUCUGUACAGGAUGCACAUGAUUGCGAUGAUCCGUCUUCCUUUGGGAAUGAUGAUCUAGUGCAUACAUUUGAGCUUUCAAUGUCCGAAGAAGGCACGAAGAAACAAGUAGCCGAACGCGAAGCCGCAGACGCCGCCGACAGGUCCCGCGUCAAGCAGGAAGAAUGGCGCGUCAUGCUGCCAGCCGUUGACGACUCUGGCCCUCUUGAGCCCGGCCAAUUCGCCGUUCAUGCCAAAGUACCCCCUCGCCCACCUCGACCGACCUCUAUUCCCGAGGCUCAUCUCUACAUUAGCCGAGAGGAUCAGUGCGGUACUGGCAAUCACUCGGCAGUCUAUUUCAGUGAGCUUGAGCUGCCACGAUGGGCCCUUGUCGACGAUGUACUCUGCGAAGCGUGUUUCCAGGUCGCGCUUCAGGAUGAAAUCAAUGAACGCACUGAAGCCGGUACCUUUGCUCCCGAGGACCCUCAGGAUCAAGACAAGCCUGCAGAGAUUAACAGAACCCAGAUGGUCGUCAAGGACCACCGGAAUGUUACCCUUGUCACGGAGAAUGUCAACCGUACUUCAGGACAGAGCGGCGGGUCUGCGACUACCCAAUACAUGCGCACUACUCCUCGCACAGUGAUCACGGAGGAGUACACGGGACCCGUUGUGCGCGUCUACCCCAAGGCCACAUGGCAGAAUCCCGAGCGCGGGCCUGUUUGUGAACAUCUGCGCGUUCGGGGACUUGACCCGCCGCUCACUGCACGCGUGAAAGUCUGCGCGAAGCUCUCUAUCCAAGGCGAUCUCCAUCUCGCGCGCGAAGCGGAGAACUAUCAAGCUUUCCCCUCGCAUUUCUUCGAACACUGGAACGGCUACAAUCUCGUGUAUCCCCUACACGACCCAACCCCUUGCGGAGCGCUUGUGCCGCAGUUCUACGGCUACUACGUUCCUCGGGGAGGGUUCAAGCCCGUCGUAAACGACGUAGUCGUCAUAGAUCCAAAUCCAGCGGCUGGCUCAGAUGCAGUCACCUCCGAUCCCAAACCAACGCCGCAGCUACCUGCAGAUUACAUCAGUCCAAUCCUGCUUCUCGAGCAUUGCGGCCUGCCGAUCCAGAUCGACGAACUUAGCGAAGACGACAAGAGCACUUGCGCGGCGCUCUACUUGAUGUUCGCUGAGGGUGGGUGGACUCAAAACUCUAUGGCCGAGCGCAAUGUCGUUAUACAGCCGGGCCCCAUCACCGACUGGCCUGUAUUUCGUGGAAUGAGUAGUCGACAGCGCAGUUUUCGAUUGAUUGAUUUCGGUCGAGCAGCGCCUCUUCGAGAGAACUACAUUCUCUUGAAGGACGAGAUUCUCCGACUGUUCAAAUUGCAUCAUCAUAGUCGCUGA